UUUAACGAAUAAGUCGUAGAAAGAACCUAUACGUCGAAAGGAGUACAUGUACGUUUGAUAAGUGACAUUUGUUCUAAUUUAAAAUAUUAUAUUAAAAACGUUGAUCAUUAUUGCAUAAAAGACAAUGGCAAGUGGAGAUGGUUCAGAACCAAAAUUAAGUGGAUUUGCAAAAUAUUAUAACAGUGUUACCCCGCAAGGUCGAGCAAACGUUGCUGGUUCCACAAUACUUGCUAUGGCUGCUACAGGUGCAUACUUCUACUUCAAAUCAAAAUCGAAAUCGAAAAAAUCCGCCGAAAAGUAAUUCAAUGACGGAAAGUGAUAGAUACCAUUAUGUAAUAAGAAUUUCUGUGUAAUUUCAUCCUGAUGAGAAAUAAAAGAAUGAUGGACGUUU